ACGUGGAAACGGACCGCACUGACGGCAAACGUGUGCUUCAACUGGUUAGUAAACGGCAUGGUGUAUUACGGUUUGGCACUAAACUCCGAAGGAUUGGGAGGUGAUCUCUACCUAAACUUUACACUGAUGGGGGCCAUUGAAAUUCCAGCCUACACUCUGGCUGUUUUCCUCAUCGACAAAAUUGGCAGAAGAAAAUCAUUGACAGGAUUUAUGGUGCUUGGAGGGGUGGCUUGCAUUGUUUCUGGUAGCCUGUCUCCAGAUUUACAUUGGUUAAUAGUAACGUUGGCAGUCCUUGGUAAGAUGGGAAUCUCCGCUUCUUUUACGAUAAUCUAUGUGGUGACAGCGGAGGUUUACCCAACUGUAAUGAGAAUCAUAGCUCUGGGGUUGGCCUCUACUUUUGCCAGAGUUGGCAGCGCCUUGGCACCCCAGGUUGUUUUACUGAAGGAACCAAUUGCUGCACUGCCUUUUAUCAUCCUUGGAUCAGAAUCAAUCAUCGCUGGACUGCUGUCACUUCUGUUACCUGAGACUGUGCGCAGAGAUCUCCCGCAGAACCUAGAAGAAUUUGACACCAUGUUGGCAUCUCCUAGAGUCUAUGAAGAAACCGAAUCUAAAGGGGAAACAGGAGAUGAUGAAAAGGAAAUUGAGAAAAUCAAAGAUCAAUCUAACGACAACAAAGGAACGGUAGAGCUUCACACGAGACUCUAAGACUGGGCUGCCAUGCCUAGAAUGAUCCAUCUGGAUCGGUCUAACUCCCUGCGGAGUCUCACUUAAUUGCUA